CAGUCGACGCUUUGAGGGAGACAGGCACAGUGUGGAGGGGACCGGAGUGACGGCAGCAGGGUCGGGGGCUUCACUGCAGGCAGGUGCGUGAGGAUUAGCGAUGGAGAUAGGAGAGUGUACUUCGAGUCACAGAGGUUUGUCGGGGUCAUGACCGGAUGCAGGGAGAAUCACGGGGUGACAGCAUCGAUGUCGAACUCACGUCAUAAAGGGAGACACGAAGAUGUAUGCGAGUGGAGGCCUCACUAGGUCCGUUCAGACGGCGAAGAAAGACAUCGGUGAAAUUUUACAGAGCGGAAAGUAUUACUGCAAUGAGGAGAUCGCACGGGAACUGACAGCUGUCUCCAAUGGCCUCAAUCACUUGAAUCUGGAUGACAAGUUUCUGUCAACCUCCACGGAGUGGCGUGGCAGGAAGGGACCCAUGGCCUCGACGACGGUUCCUGAUGCUGCGUCGGUGGUGGGACGACUGUCGGGUGUCCUCCACAACUACAAGAACCAGAUGGAGGGCAGCAGGAUGGCAGAGAAACAGGAGAACGAGAUCCGAGAGAUGCAUCAGUGGGCAGUCACAAGCCUCAGGAAUUCACAAAAGGACAUGAUGCCCUACACACUGUCUGCUGCCGACAGGAUCCGGCAGUUUGGUGACCACAUAGGCGUCACUGACCGCUUCACCGGCUACCGCAACAACCUCACCCGCACUGCAAGAGAACCUGACCCCACCAUGUGGGCAGGCAGACCUGGGGGUCUCACUAGAUCUCACACAACAAUCGGUGCCCCAAGCAUGGAGCAGAAGUUGAGAAUCGGGGAGCAGACAGCCCAGCCGUAUGGAGUCAUGGGGAAGAAAGUCACGUUUGGUUCUGACUGGCCAGCUUCCUACACUCUUAGGGGUUACCGCACGCUCGACAGCCUCUAUCCACGAAGCACCACCAAUACCAUCAAGGGAAAUCUCAGACCCAGCACCGUCAUGGCUGAUGUGAAAUCCAUGAAUGCCCUCAAUGCUCGACUAGCCGAAACUGGAGUCCCCACCCCCAGGGCCCAAUCCGCCACCCUCAUGUCGAAGCCUCCAAGCACGAUGUCGGUACAGGAACAGGCAGGGAUCAACACUCAGUUCCCCGGCAACACUGAAUAUGUGUCCCAAUACACCAGGCCUCCUAUGGAUCUGCCCACCAGUCACUUCACCAUCAACCCAAAGCCAGACUUGUCAAUCUAUGGUCGACCCCUGGGCGUCAAACAGUACUACCCUAGCUCCACUGAGUACCAGACAAGGUACAUGUGGCCAGAUGGGUCCAGAAUCGUCAAGUUCCCCUGGCUCCGGAAGUAGACCUCAAGAGCCAAUCAAAGGAAGUCUCCGAGUGCUACUACAUCGACUAACAAACAUCAAAA